GCCGCCACCCGCUCCCCGGACGCGUCCAGGACCCGCUGCGCCGCGAGCCAUCCCGGGCCCCGGCGUGCGCCCCAGACACGGUGACCCCGGUCCGCGCGAGCCUCCUCCCCUCACCGCGACCCUACCAGGCCCCGCAACCCGGCUGCUCCGAGCCAUGGACGCCCCGGAGCCGCAGCCCGACCCCGACGGUGGGGACGGCCCAGGCCACGAGCCCGGAGGCAGUCCCCAGGACGAGCUGGACUUUUCCAUCCUCUUCGAUUAUGACUAUCUGAACCCCAUCGAAGAAGAACCGAACGCACAUAAGGCCAUCAGCUCACCCUCCGGACUCGCAUACCCGGAUGAUGUCCCGGACUAUGGCCUCAAGCCAGUCAACCCCCUGGCCAGUUUCUCUGGCGAGCCCCCAGGCCGGUUCGGAGAGCCGGAUAGGCUAGGGUUCCAGAACUUUGUGAGCCCGGCCAAGCCACCAGGGGCUUCGGGCCCGAGCCCUCGGAUCGAGAUCACUCCAUCCCACGAACUGAUGCAGGCAGGGGGGGCCCUCCGUGGGAGAGACGCUGGCCUGCCCCCGGAGCAGCCGGCCCUGGCUCUGGCCGGCGUGGCCGCCAGCCCGAGGUUCACCCUGCCCGUGCCCGGCUUCGAGGGCUACCGCGAGCCGCUUUGCUUGAGUCCCGCUAGCAGUGGCUCCUCUGCCAGCUUCAUUUCUGACACCUUCUCCCCCUACACCUCGCCCUGCGUCUCGCCCAAUAACGCCGGGCCCGACGACCUGUGUCCCCAGUUUCAAAACAUCCCUGCUCAUUAUUCCCCCAGAACCUCUCCAAUAAUGUCACCUCGAACCAGCCUCGCCGAGGACAGCUGCCUGGGCCGACACUCGCCCGUGCCCCGUCCUGCGUCCCGCUCCUCCUCACCCGGUGCCAAGCGGAGGCAUUCGUGCGCAGAGGCCUUGGUUGCCCCUCUGCCCGCAGCCUCACCCCAGCGCUCCCGGAGCCCCUCGCCACAGCCCUCGCCUCACGUGGCACCCCAGGACGACGGCAUCCCCGCUGGGUACCCCCCCACGGCCGGCUCUGCUGUUCUCAUGGAUGCCCUCAACAGCCUGGCCACCGACUCGCCCUGCGGGAUCCCCUCCAAGAUAUGGAAGACCAGUCCUGACCCAACUCCCGUGUCCACCGGGCCGUCCAAGGCGGGCCUGGCCCGCCACAUCUACCCUGCUGUGGAGUUCCUGGGGCCUUGUGAGCAGGAGGAGAGGAGGAAUUCUGCUCCCGAGUCCAUCCUGCUGGUACCACCCACCUGGCCCAAGCAAUUGGUGCCCGCCAUUCCCAUCUGCAGCAUCCCCGUGACUGCAUCCCUCCCUCCACUAGAGUGGCCACUCUCCAAUCAGUCAGGCUCCUAUGAGCUGCGGAUCGAGGUCCAGCCCAAGCCCCAUCACCGGGCCCACUAUGAGACGGAGGGCAGCCGUGGUGCGGUCAAGGCCCCAACAGGAGGCCACCCUGUGGUGCAGCUCCACGGCUACAUGGAGAACAAGCCCCUGGGGCUUCAGAUCUUCAUUGGGACAGCCGAUGAGAGGAUCCUUAAGCCACACGCCUUCUACCAAGUACACAGGAUCACUGGCAAAACUGUUACCACCACCAGCUAUGAGAAGAUUGUGGGCAACACCAAGGUCCUGGAGAUCCCCCUGGAACCAAAGAACAACAUGAGAGCCACCAUCGACUGUGCAGGCAUCCUGAAGCUUCGAAACGCCGACAUUGAGCUGCGGAAGGGCGAGACAGACAUCGGCAGGAAGAACACGCGAGUGCGCCUGGUGUUCCGUGUGCACGUCCCGGAGCCCAGUGGCCGAAUCAUUUCCCUGCAGGCGGCGUCCAACCCCAUCGAAUGCUCUCAGCGCUCUGCCCACGAGCUGCCCAUGGUGGAGAGACAAGAUGUGGACAGCUGCCUGGUCUACGGGGGCCAGCAGAUGAUCCUCACGGGCCAGAACUUCACGGCUGAGUCCAAGGUUGUGUUCAUGGAGAAGACCACAGAUGGGCAGCAGGUUUGGGAGAUGGAAGCCACAGUGGAUAAAGACAAGAGCCAGCCUAACAUGCUUUUUGUUGAGAUUCCUGAGUAUCGGAACAAGCACAUCCGCGUACCCGUGAAAGUGAACUUCUAUGUCAUCAACGGAAAGAGAAAACGAAGUCAGCCACAGCAUUUUACCUACCACCCAGUCCCGGCCAUCAAGACGGAGCCCAACGACGAGUAUGACCCGUCUCUGAUCUGCAGCCCGGCCCACGGGGGCCUGGGGAGCCAGCCGUAUUACCCACAGCACCCAAUGCUGGCUGAGUCGCCCUCCUGUCUUGUGGCUACCAUGGCCCCCUGCCAACAGUUCCGCUCGGGGCUCUCAUCCCCCGAUGCCCGCUACCAGCAGCAGAGCCCCGCAGCAGCUCUCUACCAGAGGAGCAAGAGCCUGAGUCCCGGCCUGCUGGGCUACCAGCAGCCGACCCUCCUGGCAGCACCCUUGGGUCUGGCUGAUGCCCACCGUUCUGUGCUAGUGCAUGCUGGCUCUCAGGCCCAGGGCCAGGGCUCCACCCUGCCACACACAUCCUCGGCUAGCCAGCAGGCCUCUCCCGUGAUCCACUGCUCACCCACCAACCAGCAGCUUCGCGGAGGGGGGCACCAGGAGUUUCAGCAUAUCAUGUACUGUGAGAACUUCGGCCCCAGCGCUGCCAGGCCUGGCCCUCCUCCCGUCAGCCAAGGCCAGAGGCUGAGCCCAGGCUCCUACCCCACAGUCAUCCAGCAACAGACUGCCCUGAGCCAAAGAGCUACCAAAAACGGACCUCCAGUCAGUGACCACAAGGACGCUGUGCCCACUGGAGUGACGGUCAAACAGGAACAGAAUCUGGACCAGACCUACCUGGAUGACGAGCUGAUAGACACACACCUUAGCUGGAUACAAAACAUAUUAUGAGACCGAGUGACUGGUCUUUGAUCCGAGAAAUCAAAGUGAAAGUUAAUGAAAUCAUCAGGAAGGAGUUUUCAGGACCUCCCCCCCAAAACCAGACCUAGAAACAGCCAUUAUCGCAACACGCCUUCCACCUUGGGCCCCUUCUUACCUCCCCCUGCCUUCUCUGACUGGAACACUGUGCGAGCGUGCAGUGCAGGAGCCUGCCGCCUCUCAAAGGUCAAAAGGUCAUCUCAGCUGAGGGCCGCGGUGACUGGAUGAAAAAGCAAUGGCCUGCUGACCAAAGCCCCAUUCUCAACUCAUCAGGAAGCUGAGCUUGCCCGAGCCCCAGAGGCUGGGCUGGGGGAGAGAACUGGGGAGCUUCCAUCGAGUCCCAGCCCACAGACACGGCUCCUAACUCUCUCGAAGACUGUUUAGACAGAGCAACCAAAAGUACGUGGCCCGACUUGUGGCCUCAAAAACUCCAGGUCCCUGUAGGAGCCCAAACUGGACCACCGUCUCUGCCCCAGCUGGCCCACCAUCUCUGCCCGAGCUGGGCGGUAGCAGAGCUUUAUUUUGAAUUUUCUUUCCACAGCCAAACUGCCUUGUCCUGGCAGGCCCCACCUGUUCUGACUUCUCAGCCUUAAGUUAUAACACGUGUACUUGUUUGCCUGCUUCUGGGGCUUUGUUUCAUUUUUCUCUGCUUCAAAGAGCCAACCAAGGGGUCUGCAGGCUGGGCCCCCUCAGCCACUUACUCCCUGACCCUGCUGCCGGCACCAGACCUCUGGUGGGACCCAGCCCGGGCUGCCUGUUGAGAACAACGCUUCCGAAGGCUCCUCUCCACCCUCCUCCCAGACAGAGCCUGCUCCGCCCAGGAGCUGGGAGAACCUUCUGGGACUUCGCAUUGACUGUUACAGAGCUGAAGCCACCUACCCAAAUCAAAUGCCCGCAGGUGUGUGUCAUGACUGCCACCACACAGAACAAAGGAGCUGAAAUCAACCCCUACCCUAAACACCAAGCGGGAAAGCGCUGGAAUAAGCCCAUGGCUGUUUCUUACCUGGCUGCAUGUAAAAGUCCCUGUAGAACCCAAGGCACUGCGCGUGUAACUCAGGCAGAUCGGCCCCAGCAUGUGCCUUAGCGUGACCUAGCCCUGCGUGGCCGACCUGUGUGUCCUGUGGGACUCCACACUGGCUUUCAUUGCGGUCCUCCAGUCUUCCUCCCCGGUGCAACUAUUUCUCUGUUGUUCGUCUUGUGUUUUUCCUCCCCACAUGAGCAAGAUUGCUUUCUCCGCUCGCCUUCGCCACAGACGCCCCUGUACACGUUGGGCGGGCACGUCAAGUGACUUUCUCAGCGGCUCCGUCUGCUAGGCAGAGGGCCCAAAUAGCUAACCACAGUGGCUAAAUACUCACCAUGGGCUCCUUACAUUCUGACUUUGUCAAGGCCAUCCCAAAGUACAUCUUGCGAGCUGGGCCAGCUGUGGCUAGCUCUUUAAACAGAGACCUCAUGCCCAAGGUUCAGCUUGAGCAUGACAAGAGUGACUUUUUGGCUAAUAUCUAGUAUUUCCUGCCCCUAGCGGCAACACCUGGCUUCCCUCCACCCUCCCCAAGCUAGACCUGAGCAGAAUCUCCUUUGAACCCAGAAUGUCCACAAGCAGUUGAACACUGAGUCCCUGCUUCUGAGUGCUUCCUUCUAAUCAAAGCGAGCUUCCCUGCCGGCCCUUUACUGGCGCAAUACCGACUUCUCUGGGGAAGGGUGACAAGGGUUUAGUGAGGGAUCAGUUCUCACUUGCUCUGGCUGGCAGCCACUUUUUGCACAUGAGGAAUCGGGCCCUUCCUUGGAUUAUCUCGAUGUUUUACCCAAGUGCCUUCCUGCAAUUGUAGUGAGUAGUUCAGCUGCAUUGUCUACAGGGUGAAAAAGGGCUAACUCAUUUCCCAUUAAUCUUCUAACCAUGUCAGCAAGAGGGUUUCCCGUAGUUCAGAUCCUGUAUCUUUGUGUGUGCAUCUUUGUGUGUGUACACACACACACACACCGGCAUAUGCAAUGCCCUUCUCUUUAGACUAUCUUAGCUGGAUAGUCUAAGAAACCUUCUCAUAAACAAGUAGACCAGGAAGCCAAGGAGAGAAAGUAGCAUUUGUUCCCAGCCAGGCCAGAGAAAGUAUGUGAGCAGCAGACAGUCUGCUAUCAAGGAGAUUUGGUCAGGCACAGAGAAACUUCGCUGGGAGUGGUUGCUUAUAAACUGUUUCCAGAGUGGGAAGAUGCCGAUCUAAGUCAGUGAGAAGAAGAUGCCGAGUAGUGAAGGUGGGCGUGUCCCACCUGGGUCAGGAGGGCCGAGGCAGAAACUUGUCCUCAUUAAAUCCAUGGUGACGUUAGUGCGUCACUCUGACAGUUCCGUCUUGCUGAAUGUGGUACUUAACUCUCCAAACUCCGAACAUCUUCCUGAUUGUACAAAGAUACAGCUGCUGAAGAGUAGAUAUCCACCUAGAUCCCUAUGGUAUUAAAUUUUAUUUUCUUACCUGGAUUUUGAUGCUUUUUAAUCUGCCCUCAAAAUAUCCCUGUUGGAGUUAGAACAUAUUUAUAAAUGGUCAGAUGUCUUUUUAAGGGUUUUGUUUUUUUCCACAUAUGUCUUGAUUUUCUGUAAGAGAAAUGGUGUAUUCUUGAAAGUUUUCAUUCCAGAAUAACAAAUCCAAAGAUUCACCUUGGACCGCUGUGAGGACCCUGGGGCAAGAGGGAGGAGGGCUGGGAGGAGAGAGCAUCUUUUUCUUGCUUGAGAAAGAUACCUACUCCUUCAGCCUCCAGCCUGGCUGUCUCUGAGAAUUGUGCACAAAGUGUUUAGUUGGUAGUUUCCUGAUUUAAAGCCACAGAACCCUGUCUUUUCAUGGACUGACAAGACCCUACAGGCAGGCUGAUGUUGACAAAACCAACCACGUGGAGUCCUCACAGGUGUCCCCAUGUACAGCCUCCGAAGGACAGCCACCUUUUAUCCGACACAUCAUAGCCGUGGACAAAGUGAGCUGGUUCCUCCCAAGACCUGGGAUAGCUUGUUCCCAUCUGGUAGUCUUGUCAUCUGCCGCCGGUGGCACCCUCACACAGAGAGGUCAGAAGCGGCAUGUUUUGAUUGUCACUCAGAACCAAAGAGACGCUGAGUCGGUUUGCUUUUGCACCACAGUGCUCAGCAUUGACAGACUGGGGGGGGGGACUACUUAACAACUGUGUUCAUUAGGCACUCCAGAAAAGACGCAGGGGUGGCCAGGCUAGGAUAAGCAUUCCUGAACUCUUUGCUGGAAGGGCAACCUUGAGGAGCUUGAGACAUCCUCACUGCUGAGGUCUCCCAACCUUGGCUCUCAAACUUCAUGAGAGUUUCCUGCAGUUCAGCCAGCUGCUAACAAUGAAGCAACAUCACCUUCACCUAUGACCAACUUACCCGUGCCUUGACACACAGCCUUGUCUUAACCCAGUUUGUUUACAGCUAACUCUAGUGAUGGACAAGAGUCGUGUUUCCCUGAGCAGGCCCCUCUGAGAUCACAGAGCGGCGUUGGGAGUCAAAGGAUUAAUGCUGUCUCUGUGCAGCUCCCCGGGGCAGAUGGGAAUCAAUUUCCCUGCCCUUUCAGGGUUUACAUGGGCUGGGUGCAGUUGGUGCUGUUGCUGUGUGACCAGGAGCCCCAGCAUUCUGGUUGGCCAGAGCAUACUGUUGGAGUAUCCCAGUCAUCGUAUCAGAGAACUGCUGCCCCCCCCCCACCUCUCAGCCCUCACAGGGAGUCCCACAAUCCUCCAGCUCCUAGAGGUUGCCCCAGUGAUGACUGAAGACCAGGGUUCAGGAAGAACCCCGACGGCCUUGAGGAGUCGGCAAAUAUCACAUUCCUAUGCAAAACGAUUUUAAUCUCCAAUUUCAUGUAGUUUAUUUUUGCUAUGUGUAAAGUAUUUUUAUACGGCUUGUAUGAUGACAGCUUAGCAAUAAAACAGUUGAGAGCAACUUU